UGAUUUUUUUAAAACUUCAAAUAUGCAGAAUAAUAAACAAACUGGAUAAGUUGUCUUGAAUUUUUACAUAUUACUGUAGUCACAAAAAUAAGCUGCUGUUUUAGCAGAAGGGAAAAAGAGGAGAAACAAGUGCUAACUGUGGAGUUAUCAAGUGUCCUCCCCUUGGCCAGUGCAUAUCCUGGGGAUAUCUGGGUUUCUUUGUCAUCUUUGGGAAUGGAAGACUUGGUGCUUGGGAUCAGCUUGAAAAUAACAGUGCUAGGAUUUUGUUUACUGUGUUGCUAAUGAUGUUUGGAUAUCCAAAACUUCACCUUCCUGGAAGGGUGGUGGCAGGUUUUUAUUUUGCUUUCAAAAUUUAAACCAAAGAAAAAUGUAAAGCUUCUAGUCAGACACAAACAUCUACACUCGGGAGUAAGGUGAUGGUCAAAUAUUUUUAGUUUUAACAUGUCUAUUUAGGGACAUAUUUUAUGUGAUGCUAAAUCAUGUAUCAUCUACAUAACGGAGAGAAGAGUGCAGUGAAAUAAUAAAAAAUAUGAGCAGCUUUGAUAUGCAGAAUGCUAUGCACUAAGGCCAAGGUAAAUUAGCAGAGUCCUCCUUGCAGCCUUUGUCUUAGUUUCUAGUGUGACAGGAGAAUAUUAACUGCUGAUAAAAUCAGGGUAGGAAAACAACACUUCCAUUAAAAUGUUAUGAUUUUGGAUAUUGAAGCAGACCUUACUUUUCCCUCUCUUUUUCUAGCAUCAAGAGAGUGAUCCAGAUCUCAUUCACUUGAAAACCAUUAGUCACCAUUCUAGAGAGACAGCUAAUUACUUUUAACAAAAAAUAAUAUUUUGAUAAAGCUGUGCCAUUUCUCCUGGGAAUUGUUUUAAACUUCCUGUAUGCCUACAACCAAUUUCUGCAAUACAGCUUGGGAGGAGUUUGUACUGCACUGUUCGAUAGCAACAGGUCUGAAGAGUACCAAGGAUGAAAUUCUCAAGGGUCUUUAUGUCAUGGUUGGAAAUGGAAUCAUUACUGUAUUUUUGAGCUCCUGCUAACGUCACUGACACCCACCUACAGUCUACUGGAAAUAUAAGUGCAGAGAUCAGGUUGUUCACAGAUUACAAGGAGACCAACCAAGAAGGGGCAAGCCAAAGCCAAAUUCCCUGGUAAGUUCUAUUUUAAAGAAUGUGAGAGGGAGAAUUCCUUUUCUCCUCCUGAGUCAAGUUGUGAAAUGGAUCUCUAGUAUGUUAGACCAGGCUGUAUUAAAUACCGUUGCACUUGUUAUUAUAUGUAGUAAAAUGUAAUGCAGUUUUAUAAAACUGAGCUCUCUGGAUCCUGGGUCAUAUUUUUGCAUUCUCCUUGGAGCAUACAGAGGUCUGGUGCUGUACUAGCCACUGAAAAUGUCUUUGUGUAAUAAAUGUAAACUUACAAAUGUAAUAUUUUGUGUUGAGUGUUCUACCGGUCCAUCAGAAGAGAGUCCAGUGUCUAGAAAUAGCUUUGGUAUGGGAAACGCUUGUUUAGAAUAAUUUGUUCUUCCAAGGACCUUAGUACUAUGAAAAAAAAAAGAGUUGCUAGCACAUGGAUGUAAUCUGCAGUGGGCAGAUUUGCUUGGAUUCACAUGCUUUGUGUGUUCCCAGUGACAGCUGUAUAGGAUUUAAGGAGUAUGUCUGUUUAUCCCUUACAGGCAGUCUGUUCAUCUCCAGCAUGUGGAAAGGGCUGCUCCUGGGGCUGUAUGUAGUAUUGGCUGUCAGAGGACUGGCAAAGGGUGCUCCUUCCCAACCAGAAGAUAAAUGGAAGCCUCUUGAUAACCCCAGAAAUAGAGACCUGUUUUUCAGAACACUCCAGGCUUACUUCUCAGGCAGGGGUCUGGAUCUCAGGAAGUUCCCAGCCACUUUCACUGUGAACAAUGAAGGACCAAGGCUCUACUCAGAUCCUAUUGCUUCUGCAUUUGCAGAUUAUGAAGAAAAGAAAAAAUCCUUUCAGAACUAUUUCAAAGGCUGAAAGAUUCCGCUGAUGAAGGCAUUAACUUCAGAAGUCCAUGCCAAGUGGAAACCUUCACAGCAAAAUUUUACUGCUUUGACUUUUUAACUGUUACCUGACAAUUCCAAAGUUUCUUCACUGUCCCGUUUCUGCCAGUGGAAUCUGGUGUCCUGCUGCAAUGAGCAUUAUUCUGUCUGUUGACAAAUGUGUGCUACUGCAGUCUGUGAGCAGAAUUGUGCUUAAGUGUGAAUAAAUGGGGAGUGCAACA